AUGGCCAUGUCGGUCCCCGAGACUAUGUUCGCUUGGAGAAAGCACAGAGGCGAUCCGAAUCCUGUCUGGGAAGAAGUAGCAGUUCCUGUGCCACCUCCGACUGGUGUGUUGUGCAAGAUGCUUGCAUCCGGCGUUUGCCGAAGUGAUCAUUCGCUCCUCACCAUCGAGAAGCAACCUGAGUGGUUCCAGCAGAAAUUCAUUCUUGGUCACGAAGGCUGCGGACAGAUCGUCAAGGUUGGAGAUCAGGUUCUUGACACAACAUUCAAGGUGGGCGAUAUUGUGGCUCUGAAUGCCGUCCCAGGAUGUGGAGCUAUCCAGUGCGACGAGUGUUCACGAGGAUUGCCUCAGCUAUGUGAAGUUGGGCAUCACUCUGGUAUCGGUCAAGAUGGAUUCUAUGCACCAUAUGCAGCCAUCGAUGUACGUGGACUUGCCCAUGUUCCUCAGGGAGUCUCGCCCGCUGAGGCUGCGGUUGCCACCGACGCCGUGACCACAGCCUAUCACGCCGUUCAUAGACGAGGUGAGGUCAAACCAACGGAGACUGUCUUUCUCUUCGGCCUCGGAGGCCUAGGUUUUAAUGCUCUCCAAAUUGUCCUCAACAUUGGUGCAAGAGUCAUUGUCUCUGAUAUUAGGGAAAGUCUUCUCGAUCAAGCAGCCGCGAUUGGGGUUGCCCGGGCAGACUUGGUUCCACCGGGGAAAAAGGUUCAAGAUUUUGUCAUUGAGCAAGGCUUGGCGGGAAAGAUUGACACUGUUCUCGAUUUUGUCGGCACGCAUCAGACCUUUGAGGAUGCACAACAGAUAGUCCGUCGAGGUGGGAAGCUAUUGUGCGUUGGAAGUCUCGAUACUGAGAACACUAUACACAUGAAGAUUGGGACUAGGAAGCGACUUAGCUACAUCUUCUCUUAUGGAGGUCAGGUGAACGAUCUGAUGGAUGUUCUGCAACUCAUCUCUGAAGGGAAAAUAAGGCCUAGGGUUGAGACGGCGAAACUAAGUGAUUUCCCGGAUGUCUUGGAACGUUUAGAAAGAGGAGAGAUUAAGGCUAGAGUUGCUCUUAUGCACGACUAA